UCCAAAAAUUCAUUUCAAAACUUCAUUUCCAAUCUUCUCAUCAAAUGGGCAAGAAAAUGAAGCUUCCUAAUUUUCUCUCCAAAAACAAUAACAACACAAUAUUAGCAGUAGCACGAUCAUCUUCUUGGCCAUGGCCUUCUUGUCACCAACCAAGAACCCUCUCUUUUAGAACCAAUAAUAAUAUUAUUAUUGAUAAUAACACUGACACUACCAAAAUGUUCAAGACCAUUAAUUCAGCCUAUAACUUAGAUUUGCUUGAUCAUCAUCAUCAAACAACUCCUGAAUCUUCAUGGUUCACCACCACUUCCGACUCAGCGGCGGCCAGUUUUUCCGCGGCCUCAGAGCAAGAAUCAAGAGCGGUUGAUUCCUCCGUGGAGAAUGUCAUCAAAGGGUUGAAAUCCGAGACUGAGAGGUUGUUUUUUGAGCCGGGUGAGACGAGUUCAAUCCUGGAAGAGGCAAAGACUGCUGGGUUUCCAUUCAAAAAGAGUUUAGUUUUGUCAAUGGAGUCUCAAAAUCCUUACAUUGACUUCCGAAAAUCCAUGGAAGAAAUGGUGGAAGCUCAUGGGUUGAAAGAUUGGGAAGAUCUCGAAGAGCUUUUGAGCUGGUAUUUGAGAGUCAAUGGAAAGAGCAACCAUGGAUAUAUUGUUGGAGCUUUUGUUGAUUUGCUUGUUGCUCUCGCUUUCGCUUCUUCUUCUUCUUCCUCAACAACAACAACUUCAUCUUCAAGUAAAAUCAAUACAGCUACAAGUAUUUGCUCUUCGUCUUCAUUAGCUUCAGCUUGUUCUUGUUCUCGUUCUCCUUUUUCUCCAUUAUCAUUUUACACUUCCUCUUCAGAAGAUUCUUCUUCAACUCCUUGUACCGUUUCUCUAUUAGAAGCUGAUGAAGAAGAGGAGGAGGAGGAGAUUCAUACUAAUAAUUCUUCUACUAAUCCAUGCUUAUCUUCAUUAUUAGAAGCUGAGGAUGAGAUUGAACAAAAAGAUGAUGCUUCUACUUCAUCUUAAUUAAUUUUAAUAUUAAAUUACUUGUAUUCAAUCACUCUCUAAUUUUGUGAAUAUCACCAGUGUU